AUGGAGGGCCAAACGCAAAAUUCGGAAGCCACGCCGCAUCUCCCACGUCACCCACGUCAAUAUCAGGCUGAGGUGCGCGAAGCUUCCAUUGAUGAGCUUGCGCACGAUGAUUUGUACGGGGGCGGAAACCAGCCCCGACACGUCACCUUGAGCCCUGAAGGUGAGGAGGCCAAGGAGGCAGAAAACUCGCAAUGGAUAGCCGACUACUUCACCGAGGAGCCCAUCGAUUUUGCUCAAGAGCUUCAAUCGACCAGCGCGGGGCAUCAGCAACCCACUACCACGCGCAACGAUGGUCGCUCAUGGAGGAAUUCCCGGCGACCAAACGAACUGGCGCUCAGAUUUGAGCUCCCGCGCCGGGUCUUAACCCCCGAAGAAUCAGAAAGCAGUAUCAUCACAGAAGACUUCAGUGAGAGAGAGUCAUGGUCAUUGAGCAGCGAAGAGGAUACGCCUCGGAGAGAUCCCCCAGUUCUACAGCCCAACCGCUAUGCGAUGCAUCCAGUGGACAUCGAGGGCAACAGACUCUCAUUUCAGGUGCGGACCAAGCCUUCGAGCAGCAGCAUCGCCUUGAGUGAAGAAUCUGAUAAACCCGAAAACAAGGAGGGCCUGGGAACAGAGAAGAAGGAACCGGAAGACAAGAAUUUGGAAAUACGGAGAAUCACCAGAGCAGUGGCGAUCGAGUCUGAUACCCAGAACAUGCUUGAAGUUCACACUCUACCAAGUCUGGCGAGCCCUCGAUUGCGAACAAGCAUAGCAACAACAUGGUACCACCUCAAUGGUAGUCAUCUCGACUUUGAUCGCUUCGAAAACGUCUGCCUCACUAUCCCACAUUUGUCUGACCGCCUACAGGCCCUUAUCCGCGAGAUCUUGUUGAAACUGCGAGGCGAAAAGAUUAAGCCAUUUGUAGGCGGCAGGUUCAUCGAGCCGGGGACCGUUCUUCGAGCCGACGAAUCCGAUCCAACAGACACACACCUACUACUGGGCAAGAAGAUGCACUGUUCUCUCCACGUACCUUGA